UUGGCUAUAAAAUGCGAUAGUAGAUCAAGAAAAAUUGUCAUUUGCUUACAUUUCUCACUCCGCUAAAGAAAGAAACACUCGAACAGCAAGCUUUUUACAUUUUAGUUUGAUGUGAAAUCAGUGCACCGCUUUCGACAGCUAUAAAUCAAUACCUUAUUGGAAAUCGUAACUCAGGUUACAAUAAUAGACGGAAGAAAAUGCGUUCUACUUUUUCAGUUUUCAUACUGCUAUGUCUAUUUUCCAUACACUUGCAGCCAAGCCAUAGUCAUUUACCGCCAUUCUUCAAAGAAAAGCUUCUAGGAAAAGGGAGUCAAGGGAAAGAUGCUGGUGGGACGGCUUUAGCAGCCGUGAUUUCGUCACGGAAAAUUGGUCUAGGUCUGAAAGCCAUCCUCUUCAAGCCGUUGCUUUUAGUGGCACUGGCCAAAAUCAAAUUCGCCCUUUUGCUCGGCAAGCCUCUUGCUCUGUUGGCCAUAAAGAAACUCUUACUGAAAGCUGUUCUAGGCAAGCUGCUGCUCAAGAUUCCUUUGAUCCUCCUUAAAGGCAAAGCCCUUUUGUUUAAGAUGUUGGCUCUCAAGAUCAAACUCAUCACCAAAGGUUUACUUGGGUUUAAAGCUCCAUUAACUAUGCUCUUCCUGGGUGCGUGCGCCUUGGGGUCCGGUCUAGGUUUGGCUGUAGCGCUCGGUGCUACGCUUCACAAGUUAAAAGAAGACUCUUACGAGGAAGACUACAGCAGUUAUGAGGAGCCGUACUAUCCUCCACCAAGGCCCUCAUACGGUCCACCAUCUCCUCCUGCCUACAGCUCUUCUUCGUAUUCACCCAAUCCUGCCUACAGUUCAUCUUCUUAUCCAUCUGAUCCUGCGUACACUUCUUCUUCUUCUUCUUAUUCACCCGAUCCUGCGCACAGUCCUUCGUAUUCACCCGAUCCUGCAUACUCGGCUCCAGCUGUCUCCUACUCACAAAGUGGCAGGGACACAUUCUCGUCGAACGGUUAUGGCAACGAAGUCGCCAGCCUGACAGUCGGAAUAGGAGAAACCAAUUUCGGAACUGCUGCUGCUGGCUAUUCCGACUACGGGAAUGUCGCAAACGCAUUUCAAGGUGGCUAUGAAGGUAGACGCCAAAAGCGUGACUAUUCCAGUCUCAGUUGGUUGAUUGGCGCUGACGAGAGCAAUCAGAACGAAGGUGAAGAAUUUGAGGAAGAAGCUAUUGAUGAGUCACCCGAGGACCUUCAACUCGAGUUUGAAGCGGCACGUACCAACGGAAACGCUUACCUCUACAUGGCCGCUCAGUUUGACGAGAAAUCCUGCGGUCGCCGUCUGCUAUGCGAAAUCUAUCAGAAAGCUCACGAAAGCCUCACUGAAGACGAAAUUCUGUUGCAAGAAAUUUUCGGAUAUCCUCUGUCUGCGUUAAGCGAAGAAGACGAAGGUACCCCGAAAGAAAUGUAUUACAGGGCGGCACAGUUAGGCACAGCAUACGAAGGUCGACCAAACAAUCGUGUUUGUGCCCGAUACUAUUCCGCCUGUCCACACAAUGCCGACCAGCUCAUCAAUAUCUUCGUCACCGAAGAUGUUCAGACUAAUGAAAUUGACACAACUGACCACCGGCCUUCCGCUCACCUGCAACCACCUCAGUCUAGCGCUAACUUACCCUUUUACCAAUCUCAGUCACCAGCCGUUACGGUUGCUCAGUCAUUAAGACAAGAUUUUAGGACGGAUCAACAGUCAUCGACCAAGACAGGACAACAGCAAGUGAGUCGACCGGGCAGAGUGUUUCCGGCGCUUACAAGCCUCCGACACAGAUUUCUCAAAGAGACAGCACCCAACACUGCUUGAAUUGCGAUUUCAACUCUAUGAAGAAUGAACUGUAGACCGGUACGCGUCUUUAUAGUUGUACUUUGACGAUUAAUUAUUAGCUUAAACAUUUUUCCGUAUGUUACAGUAUUCGAUGUUGACAUCCUUUGUUUACGUUAAUUGUUUUGUUUUUAUCUGUGACUUUGUAGUGGCUUAUUCAUACACCAAAAUGUAAAUUCUUAAAGGGUCUAUGUAAGAGUCUAACUUUAGCUGCUUUAGCUACGCGAUGACGCAAAGAAACCGAAUGACUCUGCCUCAAUAUUUCCGUAAACAAAUAAAUGCCAGUAAAUCUUUUUAUUGUUUGAAA